UGCCCGCCAGACCCUUGCGGUGUGGCUCAGCAUGCAGACGUACUGUGUCGUGGCGGCGGUGUUGGUGGCGUUGGCCGGCCUGGCCUCCGGCCAGGAGUUGGUGAGCUCCACCUGCCUUGGCUGCAUCUGCGAGGCCUCCACUGCCUGCAACACCACGCUGGGUUGCACGUCGGCCGGCUACUGCGGCCCCUUCCUCAUCUCGCGGGCCUUCUUCCUCGACUCGGAGCUGCAGCAGGAGGCUAACUUCGCUUCGUACUCGUACGAGUCGUGCACCUCCGACCCGUUCUGCUCGGCGGCCGUCAUCCGCAAGUACAUGGCCAAGUACCCGCGCGACUGCGACGGUGACGGCCUCAGAACAUGCUCCGACUACGCCAUGGUGCACAAGACGGGCCCCAACAGCUGCGCCAACAACCAGGCGGCACUGAACAGCGAGUACUGGAAGCGGUUCCUGGCCUGCCUCAGCUUCUACCCCAACGCUUAGAGCCGAGCGUCCGAACGCGGAAAGGAGCCUGGACGAGGCGGAGAGAGCAGCAAAGACGUGGCAGGAAAACGGCCGGGGGCCAAGACGUCGGCACGACGUCGACACACAGCCGGUGGUAGGGAGAGCGGCACGCUAGAGCGACGGAUCCGUGCGGCUCCGGUCCCCGAACGCUCUCCUGGGCCGGUGGACGAGUUCCGCUGUCGUUAUCGUGCAAUGUCUGCCGGGCAGACACGAACUUGUUGCAAAGAAACAGGGGCUGGACGAUGUCGGCUCAGCUGCGGUUCACGCGAUCAUAGCAUCCGGCAUGCUCUGUGAUUCUGUAAGCUGGUUUAUUGAUGUUUUAGACGAACCGACGGUAGAUUGUUACAUUGAUAUGAAUAAAUGUGCUGCACUCAGA